GAGAUGAUAGUGCCUACGGAGCUGCCGCAACAUAACAGCCGCUUUGAUUGCAAAGAAAAUGGGACUGCCCAUACACAUUGUGGCAGCUGUUACAACCAACGACAUUGUGUACCGGACAGUGAACAGUGGAGACUAUUCCUUAAGCAAAGAAGUCAUUCCAACUUUAGCACCAUCUAUGGAUAUCCAGGUGCCAUAUAACAUGGAGAGAAUAUUGCUUCUCAGUGGCCAAAAUAAAGAGGACAUUGUCAAUCACAUGCAUCAGUUUGAAAAGACCGGCUCUGCUACAGUUCCUCCGGACAUUUUAACCAAUAUCAAUACGAGGAUCAGUUCUUUCGUUGCUAAUGAUGAGCUCAUCAAGCAGACGAUGCGUAAAUGCUGGAACGAGAACCAGUAUCUCAUCUGUCCACACACGGCUACAGCCGUCGCAUAUUACUACAGUCAGUUGGAGAAGAAGAGGAACGUGAAGUGCGUUUGCUUCGCGACCGCCAGCCCCGCCAAGUUUGCCGAAGCAGUGCUGGCCGCUGGUCUAACCCCACAGCCAACUAAAGCAGUGACGGAGCUGGAGAGCAAGCCGACGCGCUACAUAGACAUGCCAUCCGGCGCCGACUGGGAGGCGAUGUUGAGAGCUAAGAUAGAAAAAAUCUCGAGGAAGUCCUAAGUCAUAUAAUGGUCUACGUUCUCUUGUCGUUACUACUUAGUUCGUGAAAGCAUUUCUGAUGUUGUGUACUGUGGCGUGUCGGCAUGGUGAUUGGCGAAGUAAUUCAUCAUAGGUCAUUUAAAUGUAUCGUAGUAGUAAGCUUUGGCUGCGUGUAAAUACUUUUAGCUUGAAUAUUUGUAUGAAAUAUGCUGGAAAACUGCACUAUGAGGCGAGUUGUUAGAAAGCAGUAGAUUCAGGAUUUACAAGAUGUGUAGCCAGGUGGUACUUGGUAGUGGUGUUAAUUUAACAGCUGGAUCUUGUAAUCCCAGUGUUUUCUGAAAAUGAUACAUUUCCGUCAUUGUGUACCAGGUUUUUCAUUUACUCGCACCCAUGUAUUGUUAUACUUGGCCGUGAGUAAAUGACGUUUUGUAGCGUUAUCAGGUAAAAUUGUGAAAGAAAAGUUUUACCUCAUAAAUUGACGUUAAACAUCAUUUUACGGUGUUAUUUAAACUACAUUGCGAUGGCACAGAGGUAACUUAUAAAAUGCCUUAUCAGGUGCCUGAGCCUUAGCAUGGCACUUUACAAAUGUCAUCUGUAUUUCUCAUAAAUGCCGAGUCCACCUCUGUUUAACAACCAAGUGUCGAGCACUGAAUUGCCAGUGCAAGUUCAUGAUCUAUUACCCUGUACAGACUACAAAUUUGAUACCACAUCAAACUAGUCCGGGCCUGACGCAGGCCAAAUUUUUGCAGUGUUGUAUACGCUUUCCCCUCUCUAAAUACGUGCUAGUCCAGACUAAUCUAGACCUGCAAAUGAAGGAGGGCCAAAUUAGCCCGGCGUAAGUUGGUCCACUCUAAACUGUGUGUCACACAACUCGCGGGCCAAAUCCUGUGCUAUUUCGCAUUACACAUGCCCGUGGGGGGGGGGGGCACUCCCUAAAUAUUGUAUGGUAGGUAUGUGCCGCGGUUAUGACCCCCAUUUUCACCUCCAAAUUUCCUCUCCGGAGACCCCCCUUUUAACAUAUUUCCCGUCCUGUAGCAUAGGUCCUGCUUUUUCAUAAACAGAUACUCCCUUAUUACAUAUGUCCAGGCGCGCGGCUGGCCCAGACUAGUUUGAUGUAGGAUCAAAUUUUGCAGUCUGCACGGGGUAUGUUUGUUCAUGCCUUUAUAGUAAGUGAGCAGGGUUCGUUUAUAUUCGCGUUAAUUGGCGGUCGGUGUCCUGGAAUGGUGUUCACCUUUACAAGGCUUGAGAAGAUAGGGUGUAGGCAGAGUUUCACUUUCUUCUAGCUCGUUUUUUUCGUCUGGACACGAUUCGUCGUGAUGAUUUAUCAUGCCAUCAGGGGUGGAAUGUGGCGAGGAUGGUGUCAGUGAGAGAACGCAGCAAAUAUAUACAGUCUACGGUCAUUGACGUGGCGCGCGGAGGGGACAGAGGAGAACACGAAGGGCAAACUUAGUAAACACAGCAACUAAGGCAAACACAGCUUUGGCGCACAAUUCAUCUGCUAGGAUGUAGCAUCGAUGGUAUCGGCCAUGUUUAGCAGUUGUUUGGCAUGUUGAUUGUGACGCGUAAUUUGCUCCUGUUGUCCAGCCGUCAACGUUUCCUCUUGCCACAGUGAAGACUGCGCAAGCGAGCUCGAUUUAUUAUGUGUGAGUUGUUCGAUUUUAUCACAGCCAUGUAACGGCAAUUCCCGUUUAAUGAUAAGCUUACGUACAUACCGGUGUUACAAGGGACGAAAGAAUACAGGGGUGCGCAUAGGUAAUGUUUAGAUUGUGUGUCAGUGCUGUAGGCAUGUGGAAAUUUGUUACUAGAUUAUUUCGAUGGAAACAACAAAUUACACGGUAAACGCGAUCAGGAGACAUUUUACAAAGAAUAAUGUUAUUUUUUUACAGUCAAGUACGCGAUUAUUUAUCAUGAUAUGAGAAGAGAAUCAUGUAAGAGGGGUUAACAUAUAUGAUAUGCGAUGUCUGUUGUAUUCGUACAUAAUUCACUACGAAGGAAGCCCCCCGCUGAGGCAAUGGUCAUGUCGAUCCCCUUCUCCUUACUAAUAGGAUAAUCCGAUAUAAUAAGUACAACGCCUAAUUUUUUCAUGUGCAUUACGAGAAAUUACCAUUUUAGAGACAACGCAUUUAUUAACUAAUAGUUUGAGUUGGUAGUGUAGCAUAUAUCAUCCACGUUUACAGCAUAUAUAGUCUCUGAAUUAUAUCAUCUAUCUAUCUGUAUAUUUCCUUUUUCUUUCCUUUUAUCUCUGCCCCCGUCAUCUCUCUAUUUCUAUCUCUCUUUCUCCCUCUCUCACUCUCACUCUUUAUCUGAUUCUCUCCCCCUACCCCUCUUUCGCUUUCGCACUCUCUCAUAUCGUUUAUUCUUAUUUGCUCGCGCUCACACUCGCGCGUGCUCGCUGUUUCUCUCGCUCUCCAUCUCCCUCUCGCAUUUUCUUAUUUGCUCUAUAUAGCUGUAUCUCAGACACGCUCUCUUUCAUAUAUAUAUAUAUAUAGAGAGAGAGAGAGAGAGAGAGAGAGAGAGAGAGAGAA